AUGGGAAGGAUGAGCUACAUAUGGGGUGAUGACGCACAAGAGUUUAAGCCAGAGAGAUGGAUUGAUGAAAACGGUUCCUUCAAGCAAGAAAGCCCCUUCAAAUUUACCGUUUUCCAGGCUGGGCCAAGGAUAUGUAUAGGAAAAGAAUUUGCUUAUAGACAAAUGAAGAUCACUGCAGCGGUUUUACUACGAUUUUUUAUAUUCAAGUUGGCUGACGGAUCAAGGCCGGUCACCUACAGGCAACAAGACAAUGAUACAGCUUCAUAUAGCUGGAGGAUUACAUGUUCGCGCAAUGCAAAGAAUCGAUCAAAACUGAAAACAGCCAAAAAGUAUUGA